AUGUUCGUUUCUCGUCUCUCUCCCUCCAUCCGAACAUUUGGUUCACGUUCUCUUGCAACUGUGAAGCUACCAGAUCUCGCCUAUGACUUUAGUGCAUUGGAGCCAUCUAUUUCUGGUCAAAUUAUGGAAAUUCACCAUCAAAAACACCACCAGACGUAUGUGACCAAUUACAAUGCAGCCCUAGAACAAUACGCUGAGGCCGAGGGAAAGAGUGAUCAUGCCAAGAUGCUGAGUCUACAACCAGCCCUUAAAUUUAAUGGUGGUGGUCACAUUAAUCACUCGAUCUUUUGGACCAAUUUGGCACCCACUAGCCAAGGCGGAGGUGGUGAACCCGAAGGAGAGCUGCGGAAGGCCAUUGACCAUGAGUUUGGUAGCUUUGACGCCUUUAAAAAGACUAUGGCUGCAAAGUCAGUGGCUGUACAAGGAUCGGGAUGGGGUUGGUUGGGCUACUCGCCCGAGUCCAAGCGCGUGGGUGUCGUCACGUCGCCUAAUCAGGAUCCGUGCGUCACGACAGGCUACGUACCUCUCUUGGGCAUUGAUGUAUGGGAGCACGCUUAUUAUUUACAGUACAAGAACGUACGCCCGGACUACCUCAAUGCUAUUUGGGAUGUGGUCAACUGGAAGAAUGUGGAGGAACGUUACCUUGCAGCGACGAAGUAA